AUGUCUUUUGAUGUCCUAGAAGAGAAACACAAGGUGUCCAAGGACGGGGACAUGGUGAUCGGGGGCUUCUUCCCCCUGUACACAUACCAGAACACGGAGGACACCCGAGGGCCCGGCCAGCCCAUCCUCUCCAUGCAGUUGCAGUCCAGGAACUACCAGUAUGCCCUGUCACUGGUUUUUGCCAUUGAAGAGAUCAACAGGAACCCAUAUCUUUUACCCAACAUAUCUCUGGGAUAUGAGUUCCACAGUGCCCUGCACACUGAUCGGAGGACACUGGAGAGCUCUCUAACAUGGCUUACCGGCGUGGACAAGCACAUCCCUAAUUACACCUGUAGAAAGGAGAGCAAGUCUGUAGCAGUCAUUACAGGACCAACAAGGACAUCUGCCCAAAUUGGAACAUUGCUGCAGCUCUACAAAUUUCCACAGCUAACCUUUGGGCCUUUUGAACCCAUCUUGAGUGACCCUGGUCAGCUUCCUUCUCUCUAUCAGAUGGCUCCCAAGGACACAUCUCUGGCCUUUGGCAUGGUGUCCUUGAUGGUUCAUUUCAGCUGGAACUGGGUGGGGCUGAUCAUCUCGGAAGAUGAGAAAGGCAUUCGAUUUCUCUCAGAGUUGAGAGGAGAAAUGGACAGGAAUGGAGUCUGUGCAGCCUUUAUUAAUAUGAUCCCAGUCACCGUACUUUUGUAUUUCAAAAGAGCUCACAUACAAUACAGCCAGAUCGUGAAAUCAUCAGCAAGGGUUGUGAUCAUUUUUGGAGACACAGAGUCUCUUCUGGCUGUGAGUUUUAAAAGAUGGGACAAUUUAGUCACACGAAGAAUUUGGGUCACCACCUCUCAGUGGGAUGUUACCACCAGUAAGAGACAUUUCAUCCUUGACCCAUUCCAUGGUGCUCUCCUCUUUUCACACUACCAUGGGGAGAUUUCUGGUUUUAAACAUUUUAUCCGGACAGCUAAUCCAUCCAAAUACCCAGAGGACACAUACCUUGCAAGGUUAUGGUGGAUGCAUUUUAACUGCUCAGUCUCAAAGUUUGACUGUAAAACAUUGAGGAACUGUUCUUCCAAAGGCUCCUUGGCAUGGUUACCAUGGCACCACUUUGACACGGCCAUGAGUGACGGAAGUUACAAUAUAUACAAUGCUGUGUAUGCCGUGGCCCACACCCUCCAUGAGAUGCUUCUUCGACAAGAGGAUGUGCAACAAUUGAAGAGUGGGAAAGGACCAGUGUUCUCCCCCUGGCAGCUGCACCCUUUCUUGAAGAACAUCAAAUUUAACAAUCCGGCAGGAGACCCAGUGAUUGUGAAUCAAAAAGGACAAUUGGACAGAGACUAUGACAUUCUUAACUUCUGGAAUUUUCCAGAAGGGCUUGGACUUAAGGUGAAAGUUGGAACGUUUUCCCCAUAUUUGCCACAUGGUCAACAACUGUCUCUAUCUGAGGACAAGAUAGAGUGGGCCACAGGAUACAGACAGAUUCCCCACUCAGUCUGCAGUGCCAGUUGUAGACCUGGAUUCAGGAAGUCCCCCCAGGAUGGAAAGGCUGCCUGUUGCUUUGACUGCAUCGCCUGCCCAGAGGAUGAGAUUUCCAACCAGACAGGUGAGUACAUGGACCAGUGUGUGAAGUGUCCAGAUCACCAGUACGCCAACACUGAGGGAACCACCUGUCUCCAAAAGGCUGUGACUUUUCUGGCCUAUGAGGAUCCCCUGGGGAAGACUCUGGUCUGCACUGCCCUGUGCCUCUCUGCACUCACAGCUGCUGUUCUUGGGGUCUUCGUGAGGCACCAACACACUCCCAUAGUCAAGGCCAACAACCGUGCUCUCAGCUACAUCCUGCUCAUCUCCCUCUUCCCAUGCUUCCUCUGUUCCCUGCUCUUCAUUGGCCAUCCUAACACAGCCACCUGCACCCUCCAGCCAAUAGCAUUUGGACUGGUAUUCACUGUGGCUGUUUCCACUGUCUUGGCCAAAACUAUUACUGUGGUUGUGGCCUUCAAGUUCACUGCUCCAGGAAGAAGGAUGAGGCGAUUGCUGGUAUCAGGGGCACCUAACUUCAUCAUUCCCAGCUGCUCCCUGAUCCAGCUGACUCUCUGUGGAGUCUGGCUGGGCACCUCUCCUCCCUUUGUGGACUCAGACUCACACUCUGAACAUGGCCACAUCAUCAUCACCUGCAACAAGGGCUCGGUCACUGCCUUCUACUGUGGCCUGGGAUACCUGGGCUCCCUGGCCCUGGGGACUUUCACAGUGGCCUUCCUGGCCAGGAACCUGCCUGACACCUUCAAUGAAGCCAAGUUCCUGACCUUCAGCAUGCUGGUGUUCUGCAGUGUCUGGCUCACCUUCCUCCCUGUGUACCACAGCACCAAGGGCAGGGUCAUGGUGGCCGUGGAGGUCUUCUCCAUCCUGGCCUCCAGUGCUGGGCUCCUAGGCUGCAUCUUUGCCCCCAAGUGCUAUAUAAUUCUCAAGAGACCUGAUAAGAACUGUUUGAAAAAAGUCUGGAAUUAA